AAAGUGAGAAACCAUCAAGCAUUAGAAAAAAAAAGACAAACCUAUUAUCCUAGAUAUCAUUCAAGAUCAAUUGGUCCCACUCCAUCUUCACCGCCAGUCCGCCACCAUCUUUAUUGCCCAUAUAAAUACUUCAACUCAAUCAAUCCCUGUUGUUCUAACAUUUUCCUCCUCUCUUUUAACAGACAAACCCCACAAACACUACACAACCCAGAAACAAUACCCAAUUUUCCACCUUGUUUUCUCCAAAAAGACAAAAAACUUGGAAAACCAUUGUAUCUCCGAAGACACAGCUUCUUCUGAAACCAACAACGAUUGUCACAGCGUGAGUGUAUGUAGAAGUGGGUGUCAUCGUGUAGUUUCAUUCUUCAUCUUCCCCCCAUGAAACGAGGAUACCCGGAAUCUUCUUCAACCUCAUUUGGUCCACCUCAUUCCAAAGCUAGACAUGAUCCUCAAGGUGAUGCAAACUUUCAGGAGGAUGUAAGCACCAAGAAUAUUGCUAGGAAAGUGGCUGAUCAUUACAGUGCAAGAUCCAACCAGACUCUAGAAGAGCGGGAGGCUAGUCCAAUAAUUCAUUUGAAGAAACUCAAUAAUUGGAUUAAAAGCGUCUUAAUUCAGCUUUAUGCUCGUCGAGGAGAUGCUGUACUUGACCUUGCAUGUGGCAAGGGUGGUGAUCUUAUCAAAUGGGACAAGGCCAAAAUUGGAUAUUAUGUUGGUAUUGACAUAGCUGAAGGCUCGAUCAAAGACUGUCGUACACGUUACAAUGGUGAUGCUGACCAUCAUCAGCGACGCAAAAAGUUUUCAUUUCCUUCUCGCCUCAUAUGUGGAGAUUGUUUUGAGGUUCGCUUAGACCAAGCUCUUGCAGAUGAUGCUCCUUUUGAUAUCUGUAGUUGCCAGUUUGCAUUGCACUACUCCUGGUCGACAGAGGCCCGUGCUCGGCAAGCAUUGGCCAAUGUGUCAGCUUUACUUCGCCCUGGAGGAGUUUUUAUUGGAACUAUGCCAGAUGCCAAUGUGAUUGUCAGGAAGCUUAGAGCAGCUGAAGGGUUAGCAUUUGGCAACAGUGUCUAUUGGGUGCGUUUUGAUGAAGAGUUUAAAGAUAAGAAAUUUAAAGCUUCCAACCCUUUUGGAAUCAAGUACUACUUCCAUUUGGAGGAUGCAGUUGAUUGUCCUGAAUGGAUUGUCCCCUUCAAUGUAUUCAAGCGAUUAGCUGAAGAGUAUGGUAUGGAGCUUGUUUUUGCCAAGAACUCGCAUGAAUUUGUGCAUGAGUAUCUGAAAAAACCAGAAUUCGUGGAGCUCAUGCGAAGACUUGGAGCAUUGGGGGAUGGCAACCAAGACCAGAGUACACUCUCAGCUGAUGAAUGGGAUGCAGCAUAUAUAUACAUGACAUUUGUAUUGAGAAAGCGAGGCCAACCAGACAACAACCAAGCGAAAGGUAGAAGAGAACGAGGGUCGAUGCAUAUUAAAGAGGAAGACAUCAUGUAUAUUAACAGUUAAUAACAUGUAUGCAGCCUCCUCUUGUUUUUUUACACAAGAGGCUGUUUUCAUAACUUCAACUCAUGACCUCAAUCACAUGACAACAACUUUUUACCGUUGUGCAAAGGCUCCCUAUCUGAUGGGGACUUAUGGCGGUGUAAUUUUUUAAACUUAACAUGUAUCAGUUUUAAAAAUGCAGAAUAAAUGCAGCUUCAUAAUUUUGACUGGUUAGACCAAAUUAGAACCUGCGCAAACUAUGAAUAAAAUCUGUGACAUAUUUGACAA